AUGAAUCCCAUCAUCCAUCCGGUUUUUGAGCCCAAAACUGGCUCGUGGCAAUACAUAGUAGCCUGUCCUAAGACGAAAGACUGUGCCAUAAUCGACCCUGUACUUGAUUUCGACCUAUUGCAUUUCACGAUCAACACUGAGGCAGCCGAUUCCCUCAUCGACGCCGUGCGAAAGGAAGGGUACAACGUUACCCAUAUCCUUGAAACACAUAUCCACGCGGACCACCUAUCAGCAGCAUACUAUAUUCAAUCCACCCUCUGGACUCAAGGCCAGCCGCAUCCCCUAAGCUGCAUCGGAGAGAACGUGACAAUCGUGCAACGAUAUUUUGCGAACAGAUACAACAUCCCAGAACGAGAACUGCAAAACUGUUUCGACCACCUUUUCCGUUCCGAUGAAGUCUUCAAAAUCGGCGAGUUGACUGUGAUGUUCAUGGAUUUACCAGGCCACACACCAGAUCAUGGAGGAUACAAGAUUGAAUCGAAUGUCUUUGUUGGGGACACAGUCUUCAAUCCUGACGUUGGAAGUGGUCGGUGUGACUUUCCUGGUGGAGAUGCAAAAGUUCUAUGGCAGUCUUUGCAGCGAUUGCUAAGCUUGCCACCAGAAACUCGGCUGUAUGUUGGGCACGACUAUCCUCCCAAUGAUGAAGCUUCUGCUCGAGAUCCGGUGUCAUUCAUGACUGUUGAAGAACAGAACAAUCUGAAUAAGCAUCUUAAACACGGGGUGAAGAAGGAGGACUUCAUCGAAUUUAGAAAUCGGAGAGACUAUGAUAUUCCUGAACCGGAAUUGAUCCACCAGGCAAUGCAGGUGAACGUUCGGGGUGGGAAAAUGCCAGGGAAGUCCCAUAAUGGGAAGGCAUUGAUGCAGGUCCUUGUAAAUGUUCCAAAAGUUUUGCUAACAGGCUAA